CCAGACACAGUGAGAGACGGUCGUCGAUUUUCCCGAUACAGCGAACUCGCGUGCUUUUACCAAGCCACCCUGCAUUUUACAUCCGUGUAAAACCCGCAUCACCUUACAUCCACAAUGGCCGUCUUUGAAGGAAAGAAGUACAAGAUGGAGAAGUCGGAGGGAUUCGAUGACUACAUGAAGGCUCUCGGUGUUGGCAUGGUGCUCCGCAAGCUGGGCAACAGCAUCUCGCCCACGGUGGAACUGGUGAAGAACGGUGACGAGUACACGUUCAACACGCUGUCCACCUUCAAGAACACGACGAUCAAGUUCAAGCUGGGCGAGGAGUUCGAUGAGGAAACCGUCGAUGGCCGCAUGGUCAAGUCCGUCUGCACCCUGGAUGGCAACAAGCUGAUCCACGAGCAGAAGGGCGAGAAGCCGACCACGAUCGUGCGCGAGUUCACCGCCACCGACCUGACCGCCACCAUGACUGCCGGCAACGCCAAGUGCGUCCGUUACUACAAGGUUGUAUAAGAGGACCACCGCCAGCAGGCUUCUUCCGGCCCCGGAGCUGCAUUCGAUCUGUGACCGAAUGGAAGGGCGAUCGGCCGGCCGGAAGAUUCGACGAAGUAGGACACCCUCUGGUUUCACCUCAUCACAGCAUCACAUUUCCAGCAUCAUUCGCAUUUAUAUUUUAUCACAGUCGCGCAAGAGACAGACAAAGAGAGA